AUGGCAUCAGAACCACCCCAACUCGACCUCCAAGCCAAGCGCGCCCAAGACUACCACGGAGCCACCACUACCCUCGCAUGGGUUGUCCUGAUCAGCUCGCCCAUCCUCGUCGCCCUCCCACCCCGCCGCCUCGACCCUCUGACAGUCUGGAACAUCAGCACCUUCGCAAUCGCAGCAAACUAUCUCACGCGCGAGAAAACCGGCCGCAGCAUCGUCGACCGCAUCGAGACCCGCAUCUCUCGUGCGCAGGGCGUCUACGCCGAUCUGCCCUCCGAACGGGCGCGCCAGAUCCAGGAGCAAAUGCGCGCUGCGCGGGAGGCGCAGAUCCGCGAUGGGUCCGUGCUGGGCGAAGAGUUGGAGAAAUUGAAGGCGAGGCAGGAGCAGGAGAAGGGGGGUGUUGCGCGGCGGGUGUGGAUGGGCGGGGAGUCGGAGGGGUGGAUGGAACGCAGGUUGAAGGAGGAACAGAAGGCUAUUGAGGAGGGCAAGGGGUAUGGAGAUCUAAUUUCGGAGUAUGUGUGGGAGGUUUGGAAUUGGGGGAAGAAGAAGGAUGAAGAGGAGGAUGAGUAG